AUGGAUCCCCACAAAGUGAGCAAGCUUCAGGCCUUCGUGAAGAUGUGUAAGCAGGAUCCGAGUGUCCUGCACACUGAUGAAAUGCGAUUCCUGAGGGAGUGGGUGGAGAGCAUGGGAAGUAAAGUACCACCAGCUACUCACAAAGCUAAAUCAGAAGAAAAUAUCAAGGAAGAAAAAAGAGAUAAUAAGACAGAGGAAAGCAUAAAGAUGGAUGAACCAUCAAGUGAGGAAAGUGAUCUAGAAAUUGACAAUGAAGGUGUAAUUGAGCCAGACAUUGAUGCCCCUCAAGAGAUGGGUGUAACACGAGGGCCGGCCCUCGUGUUACAGAUGGGAGAUGAAAAUGCAGAGAUAACUGAGGAGAUGAUGGAUCAAGCAAAUGAAAAGAAGGGGGCUGCCAUUGAAGUCCUAAAUGAUGGUGAGCUGCAGAAAGCAAUUGUCUUGUUCUCUGAUGUCAUCAAGCUAAAUCCUUUCUUGGCUAUUCUGUAUGCCAAGAUAGCCAGUGUGUUCAUCAAAUUACAGAAGCCAAAUGCUGCUCUCCAUGACUACAAGCUAGAUUCUUUCAUCAUAUCCACCAUUUAUUCUUAG